AUGUCAGAUGAUCAAUUCCCUCCAACAACAGUUGUCCUAGCUAAAGUAAAAGGAUAUCCCGCUUGGCCAGCAAUGGUACUUGAAGAAUCCAAAUUACCCGAUCAUAUCCUUUCCAAAAAACCAAAAACCAAAUCAUCAUCAUCCCUGACAACCCCAUCAUCACCAAAGAAAAAAUCAACAAUUCCAGCACAUAUCCUACCAGUACGGUUUUUCAGUGAUGAUACCUAUAUUUGGAUAAACUCUCAUGAUAUAAAAUUAUUAACCAAAGAUGCAAUUCAGAAUUUUUUCACCGAUAGUAAUAAAAAAAGAAGAAGAGAUAAUUUAUUACAAAAAGCAUAUGAAUUAGCGAAUGAUCCACCCGAUAUGGAAUUGUUUAUUCAAUAUGGUUCAAGAGCAGCUCCACCCACCCCUGAACCAGAACCAGAACCAGUGGAAGAAGAGGAAGAAGAAGAAGAAGUAGAGGUUGAUGAAACACCUAAGAAGAGAAAGAAACCGGGUCCAAAACCAAAGGAAAAGGGAAAAGCAGGUCCAAAGCCAAAGGACAAGGCUAAGCCAGGUCCAAAGCCAAAGGGAAAGGCUAAACCAGGUCCAAAACCAAAGCAAACCCCAGUUGUUGAUCCUAAAAAAAUCGAAGCAGACAGAAAGAAACAAGAAGAAAAGAAAUUAUUAUCAGAAUAUGAUGAUGAUUGGGGAUUAGAAUUAGUUGAAUAUGAUUCGAAAUCCGGUAAUUAUAUCUUUGAUUCUAAACGAGAACAAAUUGAAUUCUUUAAUGAAUUACCUGAUUCAAUUACAAUACAAACCAAUCUUGAAAAAUUAUCGCAUAAAUUCCAACAAAUUGAACAAAAAUUGAUUCCGUUGUUAUUAUUAUUAUCUGAUGAUGAUGAAGGGGUUGAUGAGCUGGAUGUACUUACUCAAUUGAAAUUAUUGGAUGCAUUAUUGAAUUCACUUCCAAAGAGUGUGAUUAGCAAGAGUAAGAUAUUACGUGCAUUGAUUUUAACAAAACGGAAAGGUAGUGGUGAGUUUGGACAAGUAAAACAACGAAUUGAUAAGAUAUUAAAGAAAUUGGAUAUUGAAGUUCGAGAAAAUACUGCGGAAGAAUUGAUUUCUCAAGAAAGUAAAGCCGCGACUCCUGAUAUUAAAGAUGAAGUGAAGGUGGUUGAUAGAAAUGAGAAUGGGAUAAAAGAGGAAACAAAAGAUGAUGGACAUGAGGAAUCUAAGGAAGAUGUCAAGGAUGAAUCAAAAUAG